AUGGUGCGACCGGCACAGGUGCGGGCCUUUUCUGGCCUUGCCAGAUCAGCGACAUCUACACGAUUAAUUCCGUCGCAGUGCCAGAAUGCAUUGAGAUGUGCAUCUUUGCCUGGUUCUAGGCUCAGCGCUUUGCCAUUAAGAGCUACACAGAUUACCUCGUCUCCAUUGAGGAAAUGGCAUCAGAUAAGAAAUGCCUCGGCGGCAGCGACUGCGACUUUAGCCGAACAAGCCGCCGCCGAUCCUGAAGGACUAUCACAAGAAGAAAUUAUCUCGAAUAUAGACGCCGAGGAAUGGAAGCGUAUCUCGAAGGUCCGAAAUAUUGGUAUAGCUGCACAUAUCGACAGCGGAAAAACCACCGCAACCGAGCGAGUCCUCUUCUACACCGGUCGUAUCAACUCCAUUCAUGAAGUCCGUGGCCGCGACAGUGUCGGCGCAAAGAUGGAUUCUAUGGACCUGGAGCGUGAAAAGGGUAUCACCAUUCAGUCAGCAGCCACGUUUUGUGACUGGGUGAAGAAGGAAGAUGGCAAGGAAGAGAAAUAUCAUUUCAACUUGAUUGAUACACCGGGCCACAUUGAUUUCACUAUCGAGGUUGAGAGAGCUCUGCGUGUUCUUGAUGGUGCCGUUAUGAUUCUCUGUGCUGUUUCGGGUGUGCAGUCGCAGACUAUUACCGUUGAUCGACAGAUGAAGCGCUACAAUGUUCCUCGAAUCUCGUUUGUGAAUAAGAUGGACCGUAUGGGCGCAAACCCUUUCAAGGCUAUUGAUCAGAUUAACAGCAAACUCAGAUUGCCUGCCGCUGCGGUGCAAGUACCUAUCGGAGCUGAAGAUGAGUUUCAGGGUGUUGUUGACUUGAUUCGCAUGAAAGCUAUCUAUAACGAGGGUCCACGAGGAGAAGUUAUCGUGGAGAAAGAUGAAAUUCCUGAACAUCUCAAGCCGGUCGCUGAAGAGAGAAGGAGAAUCCUUAUCGAGACUUUGGCCGAUGUCGAUGACGAGAUUGCAGAGAUUUUCUUGGACGAAAGAGAACCCACCAACGAACAAAUCAAAGAUGCUAUUCGCCGCGCCACUAUCGCCUUGAAAUUUACACCAGUGUUCAUGGGCUCUGCAUUGGCCGACAAGUCGAUCCAACCUAUGCUCGACGGCGUUUGCGAUUAUCUCCCCAAUCCAUCUGAAGUUACCAACCUUGCUCUAGACCAAAAGCGCAAAGAAGCCCAGGUCAAACUGCUGCCAUAUGGCUCAGAGCCAUUCGUCGGUCUUGCUUUCAAGUUGGAAGAAAGUAACUUUGGUCAACUUACCUAUAUCCGUGUUUAUCAAGGUACUCUUCGAAAGGGUGCCAAUGUGUUCAACGCCCGAAACGAUAAGAAAGUCAAGGUCCCACGUAUUGUUCGUAUGCACUCUAACGAGAUGGAGGAAGUGCAAGAGAUUGGUGCCGGUGAAAUUUGUGCCGUGUUUGGUGUCGAUUGCGCUUCAGGUGAUACCUUUACCGAUGGACAGCUUGCCUAUACUAUGUCGUCCAUGUUCGUCCCCGAACCGGUUAUUUCUCUCUCUAUCAAGCCCAAAAACAACAAGGACUCUGCCAACUUCUCGAAAGCCAUGGCUCGAUUCCAGCGUGAGGACCCUACGUUCCGUGUUUCUUAUGACGCCGAAAGUGAACAGACCAUCAUCUCUGGUAUGGGAGAAUUGCAUCUUGACAUCUACGUCGAGCGUAUGCGUCGUGAAUACAAAGUCGACUGCGAGACCGGUCAACCUCAGGUCGCCUACCGAGAAACCAUCGGCCGCCGUGUCGAAUUCGACCAUCUAUUGAAGAAGCAGAGCGGUGGUCCUGGUGACUAUGCCCGUGUCGUCGGCUGGAUGGAGCCCUCCGACUCUUUGGAAGAAAACAAAUUCGAAGAACAGAUCGUUGGUGGAGCCAUUUCCGAGAAGUUCUUGUUUGCUUGUGAAAAGGGUUUCAACCUUGCCACUGAAAAGGGACCUCUGAUCGGGCACAAAGUCCUUGGAACGAAAAUGGUCAUCAACGAUGGUGCAACUCACAUGACUGAUUCGUCUGAAAUGUCCUUCAAAAACGCCACUCAACAAGCUUUCCGAAAGGCAUUCAUGGAAAGCCAGCCUCACGUUUUGGAACCCCUUAUGAAGACCGUUGUUACCGCCCCCAUCGAGUUCCAGGGUGACGUUAUUGGCCUCUUGAACAAGCGCAACGCGACCAUCAACGACAGUGAGAUUGGUGUCGAUGAGUUCACCGUCUAUGCAGACUGCAGUUUGAACGGCAUGUUUGGUUUCAGUAGCCAUCUCCGUGCCGCAACGCAGGGUAAAGGUGAAUAUACAAUGGAGUUCAGCCAUUAUGAGAAGGCGCCUGGUCAGUUGCAAAAGGAGCUUGUGCAGAAGUACCUCAAGGCUCAGGCAGACCGACACAAGAAGUAG